GACUCCGCAGUUAAUGUCAGAGCAAAAACUGGGAAUGGCAGCUCGGUAGCAGUGUUCGGUUUGCUCGAUAGUGGAAUUUUGCUCUGCAAAAUACAUUAAUCGGUUCGUGGGUAUGGUUUUGCCGUCGAGCCGAGGUUCUACGGUUUCACGGAUGUGUCUGGGGGUAAAGGACGACCCUGAAGCGGAAUAAUGUCUGCUAAGAACGCGAUCACCAAGGAGCUGAGCGAUAGCAUUCGUCAUGUGUUGGACCGCAAUGCUAAGGUCUCCUUCAAGUGUAUGGUGCGCUUGGAGAUCAAGCCAGAGAAAACUGAGAAUCGAGUGCUGGCAUUUUCAUCUUGUAGGUUUUUUAUCCUCACAGCCAAAGUUCCAACCAAGAUUGAACACUCUUUCCACUACUUAGAAAUUCAAACAAUAGAAAGCAAGAAACCAAAUCAGCUAUGCCUGUCGAUAGAGAACAAAGUGUACACUUUCUAUUCCAUCGACCCCGAGUCAAACGAUGUUGACCACAUGAUCAUCCAGCUAGGGACAGCUGUGAAGAGCAUAUUUCCUCAAGUGCCUUUAGAGUUGAUAAUCAGGAGAGUGGAGGCGGUUCCCGCAGCGAGACUUCAGCCGAUGUUAGACUUCAAUCAAUCAGCCGAAGCCUCGGACCCCGGGCCGUGUGGAAACUUCUCGGCCCAGUACAUCUGCAUGUGUGACUUCCACAAUCUGCCUUUCCGGGAGGAUGUGGCAUGGGAUGUGGAUACCAUUUACCUGUCCCAUGACACCAAAGAGCUGUCACUCUUGGACUUCGAUCACUUAGAAGGACGAGAUUUGGUGCCAAUCAUAUCAGCACUUUGUUACAAUGCAUGGUUCACAAAGUUUAAGGCAAGCAAUGUGAAACUCGCAUCAGAAGCACUUGAACAAGUACUCCAGAUGAUGAAGCGCUCUGUGUCACUGGAGGAAUUGUACCUGGACAACACUGGUAUCAAAUGGGAGUUUGCUCAUAAGCUCGCCAUGACACUGAUUGCCAAUCCCAAUUCGCCAUUGAACUCCCUAGACCUGUCCAACAACUUGAUUGAAGACAAGGGGCUCAGUAGUCUCUGUGGGAUCAUUGCCAAAAUUACUCAAGGGGUCGGACAGCUCUGUGGACCUCUCGGGAAACUGCACAAAGGACUGAGCCACCUGAACCUUGCGCGUACUGGGAUCACUGCCAAGGGUGUGAACACCCUCGCUCACGCCCUCUCCCUGAACCGCUCCAUGCCCUCUAACCUUUUGUACCUCAACUUGAGCGACAACGCUUUCAAGGAUGACAUCAACAACCUCUACAACUACUUAGCACAGCCGAAUUCUUUGGUCCACCUGGACUUAUCUGGCACAGAGUGCGCCCUGGAGACUGUGUUUGGAGCCUUGCUGCGAGGCUGCACGCAGAAGCUGGAGCAUCUGAACCUGUCGCGUAAUGUGUACAGCACCAAGAAGAGCAAGGAGGUGCUGGUGCCGCCCUCCUUCAAGACCUUCUUUUCCAGCACCGUGGCCCUCCGCCACCUGAACAUGUCCAACGUUCGGAUGCCCAUGGAAGCCCUCAAGGCCAUGCUGCUUGGCCUGGCCUGCAAUGAGAUCCUCACCGAUGUCUGGCUGGACCUGAGCUGCAAUGACCUCAAGACUCAGGGGGCUUUGGUGCUGGAGUCAUGUUUGCCUGGGAUUCGUUGUCUUCACAGUCUCGACAUCAGUGAAAACAACUUUGAUCAGGAUCUUGCAAACAUAGUGGCAGCUGUCGGGAAGAACCCGUCCAUCAAGCGACUCUCCAUUGGCAGGAACUUUGCCAACAUGAAGACAAAGCAUGUGACGCGCAUUAUGGAAGCUGUGGUGCAGCUGAUUCAGGAAAAGGACUCUGCCCUGGAGUCGCUGUCAGUUGCCGACUCGAAGCUGCGGGGUGAGCUCUGUCUGGUGAUCAACGCUCUGGGCAGCAACCAGUGUCUGACUUCCAUCGACAUCACUGGCAACUACAUGGGUUUGAACGGUGCGAAGACACUGGCUAAGGCCUUGCAGAUCAACUCAAAACUAAAGAGCAUCUUGUGGGAUCGGAAUUCUACACCUGCACAAGGCUUCCAGGACAUUGCAUAUGCUCUGGAGAAAAACUUCACCUUGAAGUAUAUGCCUUGCCCCGUGGUGGACAUCACUCUGGCCAUGAAAAUCGCACCCGAGCGCACGGAAACCGCGUGGAAAAAGAUUUCAGAGUUGCUGCACCGUAAUGUCUCCCCCAAGAAGUACAGCAACAGUCAGGCAUUUAGGCUACAGCAGGGUUUCCUUCUCAGCUCGACUCAACAAAUGGUGGAUAGGUGGAUGCUUCACCUCCAAGAUGUUGUGAGGACUGCUCAAGCUUCGUCCUCGGAAGAAGUGACCUACAACGAAGAAGUAGCGAAGGCUGAAGGGUAUCUCAAGGAUGCCAGCAGUGCAAAACAGCUACUGACCCGACUACACGAAGUGGUUCUUCAGCAAGAGGAGGCCGGCAACCCCAUCGAAUUAAAGUUGCAGAGUUGUGUAGAUGAAAUGGAGAAAACACUGAAUGCUUACCUCAAGGGAACCGCUUCUAAUAUGCUGAAAUGCAUCGAAGAUCAGUGCCCUACCAUCAUGUCCGAGGAGAAAGUGCGGAAGGAGAUAGAAGACAUCUGUCGGAGCAGGCAGCGAUUCCCGCAAGAGGUGCUGCAGCGUUCCCUUCUUGACCAGGCAGGAACGGACAUCCUCAAUCGCAUCAGUGAAAUUAACUUGACAAUUGCGGCCCACGUGUCGGAUCGAAUUGUGGAUGAAGUGAUAGAGAGCCUGCCACGUAGCCACAGGGAUUUGGUGGACAAGCUGAAUCGCCAGCGCAGUUCUACCCCAGAUGUGCUGCGCAGCGGCCUUCGGCCAGACGGCCAUGGCGGAGACUCACACUGCGAUCGCGACAGUGUCAGCGAGAGCUCCGACUCCCCCCUGGCGACUCCCAAGCUGCCCAUCAAGAGGAAGAGCAUCAAUUCAAGAAAACUAAGGCCCCAGUCUGUUGUAGAUAGUGUGGAAGGUAUCGCAGCUGAUGACAUUCCUGAUCUUCUGCCUAAGGAUUCUGGGACUGACAGCCUGCCAAACCUAUCGCCAACGUCGGAGAAGCUGGAACACCUGGGCAAGGCACGUCCUAAGCGUCCCAAGACGCAUGCCCCGACGCGACCCUGCCUGCCGGCUGGGGACAGCCGGGACCCCUUGCACAGCGAUGCCCUCGAGUCGUUUUUCAAAAGGCAUCCGUCCUCCUCGACACCAACCCUCUCCCCGGACUCCGAAGAUACUGGCUUGAGGAGUGAUAGCAGCACAUCAGCCAGCAGCUCCGUGUUGAUCAUGGAGUCUCGACCCUUGGACAAGUCUCCUGACAAGAGCUUGGAAAAGACCCUAGAAAAGUCACCGCAAGAGAGCAAGGAAACUGAGAAGCGGAGUUUCAUGAAGGGCAUCAGCAACCUGUUCAGCCGGGUUUCCUCUUCAUCAUCUGAGACAACCAUUGUCCACAAGUCCAGACAGGAGUCAAAGGAUGGUGGCAGCGUCUUCACGACUUCUUCCGCGACUGCAUGCACAUCGAUAAGCAAGUCGAAGCAUGAAAUGGACAUGUAUGAAAAGGAGAAUGGAGAGGCAAUCACAGAACGGAAGUUAUUGAGCGAAAGCACGUCCAGGCUAUCUGGAGUUGAGAAGUUUGGCUUGGGUCCUGGGUCUGGGAUUCUGGCCGAAAUGAAGGCCUUGCAGGGCAAACGGACCUCAGUGGGGGCUCAGUCUAAAGGCGUGGCAUUGGAUGGCACCUCGGAGACUUCAAAGGAUUCCGCUCCGUUUCCAUCUGUGCGGCUCAAACCGACGGGACUAGCCGAUUCCUUGCGCUCUCCCACGGACUACUUUCCUCGAGAAAAGAGCUCGACGAGCCCCGGCCCCUUGGAGAACACGCCUUCAUCGCCGCAGUCAAGCGGCGGAACCCCGGGCACAUCCCCCAAAACGUUUGCAGCCCUCAAGGGACGGCCGCCGCCACCCGUGGCUCCCAAGCCCAGGCCCAAGUCAAUGGUUGGAGGCAUGGAGACGAGGCUCUCUGGUGAGUUUUCUGGCGACGACGGCUCCCGAACGAGAGCGCGAACACCGGAUGAAGUGGAUAUGUUGGAGAAUAGCAAUAAAGUGUCUGAAAGCGGCCCCCGCACACGUACCACGGUCUACGCCAAAGAGACUUUUGAGGUGUCCAGCACAGUGUCGUCGGUGGCAUCCAUUGCGGCCAACCGGGCGGCCUUCUUCUCUGGGCCACCCCUGAUGACGCCCGGCCCGACGGCAUCAUCCAACUCGCUUGCCCAGGAGAAACCCGAGGGGGACGCAGAGCCGUGCUCCCCUGCGUCUGCCGACGACAUUGUCGACGUGUGACCACUUGUCUACUCCAUACUUUCUACUCUAACAAACACACAAGGGGGGAAUCGGGCGUAUGGGGAUGUAGGCAGGGCGUAUUUUCUCGACCGACUCUUUGCUUUUGCAUGCACGGUGACUCGAUGCUUUGGUUUGCAUCACAAAAUUCUGGAGCGUUUUUACUCUUUCUAAUGCGAGAACUGUAGUGUUGGUGCAUCGCUAUCCCCAGACAUCUGCUGGUACACGGUGUGUAGGAGAUGGCAUCUGAGUAGUUUCACUUUCGUUUGAGGCUGUAAAUAAUGAGGUAACAAAUGCUUUAUCACUCUUGAAAUCUGGCAAGCUGAAUAAAGGUCGACAUGUUUCCUCACCUAGUUGUACAUAAUAAACAAUGAGAUUUCGAGGCCUCUGCCUCUGCUCAAGGCACCACAAAGUCAAGGACAUUGUACCCAGUGAUUUUUUGCUGAAAGCGGUAGAGACCUACACUGGUCGCUUGACUGUCCUUUUGAUGUUCUGUAGUUUUAUAGAAGCCAAGAAAACAAAGGAUUGCCAGAUGGGUCAAAUGGCAUUUUAAUGGGACUGCUGCAAUUCUUACGCGUUUUGAACUGUUGAGGUAGGUUAACGGAAGUACCCAGUUUUCUAACAUUGUAGCACUGGUCACACGAAUUUAGAUGUGUUCAUCUCCCUUUUUUUUUUUAAUUGCACCAAAUGCUGUUUAGGUGUAUCUAUGAUCAAUUGGCAAUUUCAGUAGGCAAAGAAUUCAUUUAGUGGAUGGUCGCUUUAGUCGUAAAUCACUGUUUCCUGCAUUUUAAAUUCACCGAGACAAAGAAAACUAUAGUUCACUGUACUUUGCAUCAGGAAUGCAGUUUUACUAUACAAAAGUAGGAAUCAUUAAUUUUGUGCUGUUGCUGUUAAGCACCUGCAAUAUUGUUUCUCCAGUAAUCUUUUGGGUUUGGUCUAAAAGUUGUGUACACAAGUUCAGACGCUCCAGAUGUUGCCAAUUAUAUAGAAGCAUUCUGGUUUUGCAUCUUCUUCGACUCCUGUAAAUACAAGCUCCUGCAACACUAGUUUUCUUCUCUUGCUCGCAUGCCUGUUUGUUUAUGGAAGUGAUCAAGUGCAAUAGGGCAUUUACAGCUACCUGUUAUGAACUGUGUAGCCAGCUUUUUCCUCCCCCCUGUGCUCUAUAAAUUUACUGUCCACUUUUUCUUUUUGGCCUAGCUUCAGUAUUCAGUGUGGGUGCUUGUCAGGUUGAAGUACAGUUAGUGUCAUAUUUAAGUUGCUUACUAGCCAUGUACAUACUGUACCUUCGUCACUAUCACUCGAAGCAAUCUAGUUCGACUAGACACAGCCCCGUGGCGUGUCUUCACAAGCUGGUUUCAGGACAUGUACAGAAUUCAUGCGGUGUUGUGGCCAGGCUUGCCAAUGCCCAGCCCUGCCCGCAUUGUCUGUUUGAUGUGCGUGCCCGUGCUGUGUCCCCUCUUGCUGCUGUCUUUCUACAGGACUUUCUCUGCAGUCUUCCACUAUGUUUUUUUUUUUCUUUUCUAACAUUUGUUUGCAUUUUGCGUACAGGCAAUGCGCACACAAUGUGUUAGUGUCGAAUUGCCUUUCUGCUCGGUGGUUCUUAAUUGAAGUGGUGCGUAUCUAGUUUUGAUCAUUUGACAUACCUGUUUUACUUAGAUGACUCUUAUAACUCGCUACUUAAACCUGAUCUUGCAGGCUAUAUUUGGCUUUUUGUAGGUAUACAGAUACGAAUGGCUGUUGGCAAACAAGUUUUCUUGAAGCUGCAGCUUUGCUGCUUUGUCCCUUUUCUCAUUCCUGACAUUUUUAAAUAUAUGUCAAUUGUAUCCAUGGUACUGUCAAAACUUUUACAAGCUGUUAGUGAAAUGUAGAUGUUAGAAACUUGUGGAGUGUGUGCUACAGUGUUAGAAAGAUAAGACUUUUGGUAUGCAGGGGGAAAGAAUGCUGUUGAAGAAAAGCAUUUUCAUACCUGUACAAAACCUAAUCUUCAGUGCUCAAUUACCGCUCAUGCUUUUACAUGAAAAAGUGGCUAUGCUUGAAGGGUUCUGCAAGCAGCAGUAGUUCAGCCAGGCUUAAAAUUCUAGCAUUCACUGAAGGUGCAGCUGUAUUUACAGCAUAAUUCGAAAUGUUGAAGGAUUGGGCCUCUUAAGCUACUUAUUUGUCAACAUAUUUGUUAUAAUUUGUUUGUGAGAUGGCCAUGCCAAUAUGACAUAGUUUUUACUUAGUGCUGUUGGCAAUUCGAAAAUUGUAUUAUUGCGGUGGUUUUAUCAAGAAAUUGGGUAUCUAUGUUUAGUUGUUUGAGCCUGAUAGAAUUACUUGUUGCCUAGGUUAUGCACAUUAUAAAGUCUUGGCAAGUCAGCAGAUCUCUUGUUGGGGUCACAGAUGGGGAGUACUUCUGGAACAAUGCUGCUAGUAUUGCAUCUCAGUUCACCAACUGUACUAUUGUGCAACUUUUGAUACAUUCCCAAUUUUGUUGUGAUAGCUCUUUUGUGAUUUUCUUGGUUUCUAUUUGAUGGGCUUAUCUAAUAGUGAUGCACUUAUUCCUGUUAUUGCACUAGGUGGACUGCUCUGAUUGUGAGGCUUGAACAAAUAUAGAAUUCAUUGGGUACGAUAGGUCGCAUUUUUUGCUUCUUUGCUGUUGAAUGUGGAGAAAAGGACUUACAUGUACGCUGUGAUAGUGGAAGUUUGGUAAGUCUGGAUUGCACAUCUGCACUAAUCCUUCCCCUGAAAAUCUGGUAGUUGCAAGUAGUACUGGAAGUUGCUGUAUGUUUUGCACAGAUUGGGCUGAAUGGUAAUUAAACAUAUAAGGAUGACUCCUUAUGCCUUUGGAA